AUGAUCCUAAAUCAAAUUCUCAAACUGUUUGCGUCUUUGGUGUUUCUACUUCUAGGUGGAGGCUUUUUCUACAAAUUUAUCCUAUCUUCAUCAUCCUCUCUGUUCAAAAGUAAAAAACCAAAGAAAGAAGAAGAAUCAUCGAAAACAAACAAAUCCGAUCGAAAUUUACUAGACAUUCUUCAACAAGAUGACAAUCCUGCCAACGCUGCUGUCGAUGACAAGGAGAAAAUUUCAUUGUUUGAUUACUUGACCGAAAUUCGUGGAGAACAAAUUCAAUCAUCGGAUCAUUCAUCUUCCAUGUCACAACAAACACAUGAUCAACAAUUAAUUUCUGAUCGCAGGAUUUCUGUUGACAUAAAUACUCCCUCUGUGGAACCAAGUGUUGAAAUAUCAAUAGAAGAGGAUUGGGAAAUUGUGGAUCAUCCCAAUGUUGCAAAGUCGUCACCUUCCAAGACCACAAUGAAUACUACUCCAUCACAGCCUGUUGAAACACAUCUACAAGUCAAUCAACAGGUCGAUUCAAAGAGAGAUUCCAUUGAGUUGUCUGUCAAUCAAGAAGAAUUCUGUCAAGUUUACAAAACUGUGUCAUCUGUGUUAACAAAGAAGCAUACCCCAACAAUUGUUGUUGAAGAACCAACAGAUUCCAGUCACACUACCAACAGUGAAGAGUUCGAUUUGGCAGAAGAAGAAAGUGCUUGGACUUGGACCGAUGUGGUGAGUGACGAAGAAUAUGACGAAGAAGAAGAAAAUCAUGAUGAACAAGAUCGUGCCAGACAAGAGGGUUUUAGAGAUGAUUUCAUGCCAGCCACCUGUGUGUCACCAUCCUUGGAAGAUAAGGUUGACUUGAUUGGUCAACCACAAGAUGAAGAAGAAUUGAAACUUGAUGAAAUGAAAAAGAUGAAUGAGAAACGAAAGAAUAUCUUGUCCGAAAUUUUGACUACCGAAGAAUAUUAUGUGAAAGGUUUAAUCAUUUUAACAGGAGUUUACAAAAAGCAAAUCGAACAAAAGAAAAUUGUGGAUCCCAAGAUUUUGAAAAUAAUUUUCCAAGAUGUCGAAAUUGUGAAUAAUGUAAAUCAAAAUUUUUUAGAAGAGUUGAGAAAAAUUUAUGAAAAAGAAAAGAGCAUGAUUCGAAACUUGGAUUCACAUCAACAACAGCAAGUUCAAUCCAGUUUGGGAGAAUUACUCAACACUUAUGCUCACUCUUUUAAAUUAUAUUCGAGUUAUAUUGCAGGUUAUAAGAAGGCUGCUGCCACUUUUUCUGAAGAAAAGAAAAAGAAUAAGAAGCUUUGUAAAUUAUUAGAUUCAAUCAAGCAAUUGUUGAAACAGCAAGGAGAGAGAAUUACAAAUAUGGAAAGUUAUUUAGUAACACCCAUCCAGAGAAUUCCUCGUUAUCGAUUACUUGUAGAAGAUCUCGUCAAGCACACUCCCGAAACUGAUCCAACACGACCAAAACUCAUUGAGGCUCUCGAACUCAUAAAAUCCAUUGCCAUCUACGUCAAUGAAGCAGAAACUAAGGUGGAAAGCAUUCAAGUCACUUCUCACAUGGUUCACAAAUUUAAACUCAAAGGUUUCAUUCGACCAUCUCGAUUUAUUAUUGACUACUGGUCACAAGAAAAUAGCAAUUCUCCAUUUAUUCAAUGUAGAGUGGAUGGAAAAUUUUUAAAUUGCGAAUUAUACAUAUUCAAUGAUGUUCUCGUAUUACACAAAAACUAUGACAGUUUUUUAUAUUCAAAAGUGGAUAUUUAUUUUACUAGAAAAGGAUACAAACAAACUUCCAAGCACAUUAUUAAGGACGUGAAAGUGACUCAGUCAUCGAUCAACAAUAAUCGAGCAAGUUUGAGUAAUAGUGGUGGAAAUAAUUUGUGUGACACACAACAAGUGACCAUUUCUUGGAUUUAUGAGAAUUCACAUUCUGUAAAAGAAUUGACCUUCCUCACAACGUCGACAGAAGAUGCAACUAGGUUGGAAAAUUCAUUACGAAAAUCUAUUAAUUAA